CGUUUUCUUUUAUGCGGAGGCCGAUCCCAAGCUGUCGCAAAGUAAGCUGGAAAUAUAAUGACAGUUCCGGGUAAAUCUCACCGAUGGCAGAAAAUCCGACAGACGGCACUGUCCUGUGAGGGUGACAGGAGCGAGUAGAAUCAGAGUAGGAGUAGAUAUUGGCUGAAAGAGGAAUGGAUUUUUAACUGACGUGCAAGCAAUUAGAGCUGAGAAAGGAAAUUCCGACUUUAGAAUAGUGAGAUGAGAAAGAUUGAGAACAGAGCAAGAGAGAAAUGCUGGAGGAACAGCUAGAGUGAAAUACUGAUGCUGACAGAGAUAGAAGUGAAUUGAGUGGGAGACUCAGGAGGGAGGGAAGGAAAGACAGAGAGAAAAGGAGCAAGGGGAUGAGUGAAAGGGGGACAGAUGGUGGAACAAAAACAGAGACUGCAAUGUACUGGAAGAACGAAAAAUUAGGACUCAAAAUUACUUGGUGUGGCUGUCAGAGGGCGUGUUUUCUUGUACCAGUUCCAGAGAAGGAAUUAAAUUGAUGUAACUGGAUGGGAAGUGGAUAAUAAUGGGAAGAUAAUACAGAAGGUAAAAUGGCAGGAUUGACUUCCUAAGUAGUAUAAUUGGCAUAUUGUGGAGAAGUUGUGCAAUUGAAAUUUAAAAUAGGAAGACAACAAGUUUUGUGAUGUGUUUUUCUCCUGCACUGUUGCCCUCUUCUGAGACCCAUUAGAAAAAGAAGUUUUUGGAAGCAGAGAGACUCUGCAGGACGAGUCAGCACUUCAAUAAGAAGCUGGAAGACAAAGGACGAAGGGAAGUUUUUAGUGGCCAAAGAAUGUGGUUGCAGCAGCGUUUGAAGGGAUUACCAAUGCUCCUUUCAAGUAGCUGGGCCAGAAGAAUGCUGGUGGGCCUAGGUAUCCUGUUGAUCUUUUACUGGUACCUGGUGUCAGAAAGUGGGUUCAGGUUGUUUCCUGGCUCUGAGGAUGCCAAGACAGUGACAGACAGUUGUCUUCAGGUAGAGACCCAACAAUGGAAGGCAGCUGUAGAGAACAGCAAUGGCCUGAUGAGUGUUAUUGGUGGAGACAACACAGGACAGUUAUCUGGCCCAGCUGUGGUUGGCAAUGGUCAUUUAGUUGUGGAUGCUCUCUCCAAUCAGCUUUGGGUAGCAUCAGCUCCUGCCUCAGGCCUUGCUGCCAUCCACCUGACAGAUUAUGUGCCGUUGGUGGUUUUGAAAUCACUCGGUGUUCGUUCAGUAUCUAGAGCUGCACUCAUCCACUUUCAGGAGGGACUGGUUCGGUUGUUCCAGUGUGUACAGGUCGGACUAUCCCACAAAUAUCGGGAGUGUAUCACUGUUCGUGAGGAUGUGAUUGUGCAUCGGAGCAGGCCCCACCUUAUACUGCAGAAGAUUCACAUUUCCAACCCCAGUGACAGGGCUACAGUCUUUGAAGUCAACAGCAAACCGUCCAUUGUUGGAAACAAGUUUUCCUCGAGCCUAGAGAAGCACAAUGACCAGGAGUUUCUACUGUUAUCGGGGAGAGUUCUGACAGAGGAAAGGGAGACUAUUCUAGUGGUGGUGGCCACAGAGAAAAUGGCCAACAGGCUGCAGUUAGCAGCAAAGUCUGAAUUCACUGAACAUGUGGUAUCAGUAGUUUACACGCUUCAGUUAGUUGACUUAACAAAGUUGGAAGAAUCAUUUAGUAAACUGAGAGAUGCAGCAAAAUCAGAAAUGUCUGAGCUGCUGAGAAUGGGAGCAGAAGAACUGUAUCAUGAACAUCAGAAAAUGUGGGGUGAUUUAAUAAUCUCAGGUGUGGAGAUGAAGAAGAUCACCGACUCGCACACCCCUUCCAGCGUGACUGUGAAUAGAACACUCUUCUAUGUUCUUUCCAUGUCAGUGGCUCCUCUGCUGGAUUUGCAGAGUAGAGCUGAAGAACGAGAGAAGCUGGAGGCCAACUUGAAUUAUGCAGAUCAUUGUUUCAGUGGUCAUGCUACAAUGCAUGCAGAGAACCUGUGGCCUGAGCAGAUUUCUGAUGUAGUUCGCUUGCUGCAGCUCACCAAUCUGUGGAGACUCACACUGCAGAAACGAGGCUGUAGGAGCCUGUUGGCAGCUGGCUCCCAUGGAAUGCUUCAAGGGAUGGUCAUGAGUUUUGGGGGCCUACAGUUUACAGAAAACCACCUGCAGUUCCAGGCUGAUCCCUCUGUCCUGCACAACAGCUACCUGCUGCGAGGAAUUCAUUACAACAAGGACCUUAUCAACCUGGCAGUGUUACUGGAUGGAGAUAACAAGCCUUUUCUUCAUGUCUCUGUCAAACCUCAGGACAAACCAGUCAAACUGUACGGCUGUGAGGCAGGCUGCAUGAACGAUCCAGUGGAACUGACCUCUGAGCUUAAAGGUCACACAUUUCCUGUCAUGGUAACACGCCCCAUCACUCCCUUACUGUACAUCUCGACUGACCUGACUCAUCUGCAGGCACUGAGGCACACACUCCACCUGAAGGCAAUCCUUGCUCACGAGGAUCACAUGGCUGAACAGUACCCAGGCCUCCCCUUCCUCUUCUGGUUCAGUGUGGCAUCACUCAUCACCUUGUUCCACCUCUUCCUCUUCAAGCUCAUCUACAAUGAAUACUGUGGCCCAGGCGCCAAGCCCAUAUUCAGGAGUAAGGUAUAGAUCUUCCGUGGACUCCCCAUCUCUCCUUGCUCACUGGGAGCCAUGCUACGUUGUGACUCUUGCACCUUUCUCUGAGAUGGGAGCGCUGUGGGUCUGUGGUGAUAAGAGGUUUAUUUUGCUUUCUGGUGAGACCUUUUAACUUUUAUCCCCAGCACAAGGACCCUAGUUCAAACUUGGAACAGUAUGCUUCCUGACAGAAAUCAAUUUUUUUUUUCGUUUGCACUACAAAUUUUAGAUUGAGCAAAAUCAAAGCUUAUGUUUGUGUGUGUGUGUGCCCGCGCGCCUGGCUCAGUUAUACCCACUGAGAAAUUAUCAACACAAUACAUGAUAAAGUAGCUUUAUCGGAGCUCAUUGUUUUAAGUGUGGUAUCUGCACAGAGUGCAGGUGAAGGGGGUCCUCCCUGCUUUCUCAGCAUUACGUUUUGGGGGAUUUGAUGUAAGGGGAGAUCAAAUGAGGUGUAUAAUUUCCAAGUGAUUUGAAGCAGUAUCCAAAGUGAGGAAUUACUUUGUAUCACCAGUCACUCUUAGUGGCUCUGAAGGUGAACGGUGGGAGCUUGAGUGGGUCUAGGGAUGACAGCGCAGAAUGGGAUCUGACCAUAUGUAGCAGUUAAUUAACUGUUGUCUUUUCCUUCAGUCUGAUCUGAAAGGGCGCUGCUUUCAGCUUAGUUGAGAUUCAGUCAAAUUUUACCAAGCCUGCUCUAAAUUUGGAACAAUUCCAGUCUCUCAAGUCAUUUGAAAAUGCAACAUUUUAGUGUGAAAUCUAUACAGAAUGCAGAGCUGACAAGUUUAAGUUUUAAUAUAAAAUGGACAGUCAAACUCAUGGUUAAGCAGUGUCAGCAAAAUCCUGAGACAUGUUCAUUCUUUCUAAUGUGAACAAGCAGAAUUUUGGAGUGGGUGUGGAGCUUGUUGGACCCUGCCACGAUCGCAUUGUUCAAACAGAGCAGUUUGGGUCCACAGAUUUUGUUUGUGACUGUUACUGGGAGAAUGGACCUUAAUGAGUUGUCCUUAGUACAUCAGGAAACCCAAAACAUUUCACUUUGAUUUUUACUGAAAAAGAAACUGUACUGUGAAAUGGGAGAGUGAUUGGACUGAGUAGAAAGGAAUGAUUGUCAGUAAGUCAAGUGGGCUGUCAAGGUAUCCAGCCUAGUACUUUCAGUUUCCAACCUCUGGGAUUCCUCUGCAUGAUUGCCAGUGCUUGUACACAACAGGAAGGAACAGACUCUGUACUUAAUGAGGUGUCUCCACAGUCGGGUGGCCAGCCAGUGCCUCUUGAUUCAUGAGCCCAAUGUUUAAUCAGCAAAAAAAUUCAACGGGCACUUAUUUGACACAGCAGAUGUACAUGACAUGGUACAAAACCACACUCCUCUACCAGCACCAAACCCUCCCCUCAACUGCAGCUUCACUCAUAUUCUCAGAGUCACUGUUCCUUAGUACUCCCUUUCGUCAGAGUUUGUUGGGAACUCUUGGAUAGAGGUGAAUGACUUUACCUCCUGUAAACAGCUGUGAGCGUUUAUUGAUUUAUUUAUAAACUGUGCUUGUGUGUGAAUGCUCUGAGUAUUGUAUUCACCAUUUCAGAGUUUCUAAGAGACCUCACUUGGGGCAUGAAGUUUGUAAAUAAUCAGGCUGGUGAGUAUAAUAUCCUAAGCAGUCCGUCAGUGCACAAAUAAACCAUGCUCUGAAGUUGCUGUGUUCUCGGAUGUUGAUGGAGCCAUACUUUGCCUGUGAGGCUUUCUCACCUGCCUCUUCUUUCACCUCUCAGUAAAGCAUGGAACAAAAAGCAAUGUCUUGGCCCGACAGCAAACAAAUGGUUUCUGCCCCAGCAGGUACAAAGAAGAUACCAUUGUGCUACUGGCUCUAUUCCAAUGGCAUCUUGAGUUUUGUGGAAGACACAUACUUACUCACACUUCACACCAGUUUAAACAAACCUUUUCAUGUUGCUGAUCCUGUUUAUUUAGUAGUAACUGGAGAAUCGAUAGAAACAAAUAAACCAUUAAACAGCCCUGGGAUUCAUUCACAGGAGUGAUGCUAUUUUUCACUUAGGCACUCCAGUGGAAGAGAAUCAAAGGGUUUUUUUUAAACUAUCUAGGGUGGUGCAAGAUCUUCAUUCUGCCCAUUGUAUGUGCUUCUUGGUUUGAAAUUUUCCAAUCCCAGAGGGUGCAGUCUCAGGUCCCCAGUCUGCUGUUUAGGUAAUAGUCAAAAGCAAAUGAAGCGUGUACCCAUCUUGAGGAAGGAUUAGAUUAAUAGCUUCUCAUUCAUUUUGCCUGUUGUGCUUUCUUGGGCUUGUUUUCAAAGCAGCAUGAAUGCGAUCUGAGAUCAGUGUGGCUAAAUAAAUCCAGGUUGUGGAAAGAUCCAUGCCAGAAACAAUCUUCGUAUAUGGACACCAAGCUAAAUUGGGAAUUGUUACUACCAUUAAUUUUCAUACCUAUUUAUUAAUAUCCAGUGUUACACUCCUAAUUAUUACCACCUAAUGUUUAGCCCACAGGUUAUUAAAAUUGCCUUGAAUAUUCCUGCCAUACUUUGCAACUGUCUUUCGUUCCGUUCAUCAUUAUUACCCAAUUGUUAGUGCUCUCUAUUGUCACUGUCCUAUAGUUCGUAGCAUUGAAUGUUACUGCUCUGAGUGUUAGUACUGUCCAUUAUUGCUGCUGUUAAUAAUGCCAUUCUUUGUUACUGUCCUGCUUUGUUGCUACCUUGAUUAUGAUUACUGAGGGCUACAGUCAGUAUUUUUGUAUUCACUUGGCUGGUUUGGUCUGUUUUCCUGUUAGAUUCAGCCUUGGUUGAAUUGUUUUUAGCAGUCUGAUAGUUUGACAAGUUUCCAUGUCUACUGGUUACAGUCUUUUCUUUGUCAAUUAAACAGGACAUCGAAAUCAUGCCGUGAAAUGGUUCUUAUCCCGUUUCAUCAUGAUCUUGUGUGGCUGUUGACUUCUGUAGGCUUAAGGAUUAGAAGGUGAUGUGGCCAUCAGCAUUGGGUGAGAGUGCAACUACAAACAGAUUCCUUUUGUUCCCCUUUUAGUAAAGAAAGGGCACAGCAUUAAUUUAUUUGCUAAAAGAAUGUGAAAUUGCAUUAGACACUGGAUAUUAGACAACCUGCAACAAGGUCUUGAUUGUCACCUUUGUACAACUUUGACUGAUCAUAACUCACAUUGAACUGGUAUUCUAGACAGAAAGCCACAAAACUUUAUUGUUAUCUCCAGUGAAAUUCACCUUGUUUUCCAGCAUUAUAUGGGCUGAGCAGUUCUAGCAGGGAGUGAAGGAAUACCUUUCUGAAUCAGUUGUGUGGUCUUUGUUUAUCAGAUUCAAAAUUGUCAUUUAGGGAGAGAACUGUGGGGAAAUUGUUUUGAUCAAAACAAUGUUGUGGGGUGAUAUUGCUGUGGGGUUUUGUAAUGAUGCUGUUAACAGUUUGAAAUAAAUGCCAAAAUUGUAA